CUGGCUAAAGAGCUUGUGGGCAAGAAACCAGGUUGCGUGGCUGAGUCUUCUCUGAUGCAGGAUAUUGCCUCUGAAGGUGCAGUGUCUUCCCUCUAUGCUUGUACAGGGAGCACAAAGACAUUUCAGACUCCUGGCAGGUCACAAACGUAAAACAAACUCUUUCCUGAGAUGGUGACUCAGCUAACAGAUCACUAUAGAAAAUUAUUAAUGAAGCAUGGGAGAUGUGAAGAAUCCCGCCUCAAAAUAAACACUAUAGAUCCAAGUGACAGAGCUACCCUUCUCACAUACUUUAUGAUAAUCUUUAUUCUGUAUGUGUCUGUAAAGGAAUAUUACAAAAGAGGACAAUAUCAGAGAGAAAAUGAAGAAUGUCAGGAAAAACUUGAAGAACUUCAGAAAAAACUUGAAGAUCUUCAGAAAGAAAUAGGUAGAAGGAAGGAGCAAUUCAAAUUUGUCUGGAGGAAUGCACCAUUGUAUGCUGAUUGGAGAAAAGAAGAAUUCCAGUCUGUAAAUGUGACCUUGGAUGAAGCUACUGCCCAUCCUGUGCUCUUUGUGUCUGAAAAUGGGAGACAAGUAACCUGGCAAGAAAGGAGUGAAGAUCUACCCAGCUCCAAACAGAGAUUUGACUCCCUUCCUUGUGUGCUGGGUCAGCUGAAAAUUACCUUGGGGAGAUGUUUCUGGGAGGUAGAGGUUGGGACUGCUGGGUCCUGGGACAUGGGAAUUUGUAGGGACAAUGUAACAAGAAAUUGGAAGGUCACGAUGUCUCCACAGAAUGGAUUCUGGGCCAUCAGACUGUAUGAGGGGGAGUACUGGGCCCUCACCUCCCCAGAAACUCAGCUUACACUGAGAGACCACCCCCACAGAGUAGGGAUAUUCCUGGAUUUUGAGGCCGGAGAUGUAUCAUUCUACAACAUGGCAGAUGGAUCCCACAUAUUCACUUUCCCCCAAAGCACAUUCUAUAGUGCUUUGAGACCUCUUUUCAGGCUUUGGUCCUCUGACUCAGGGCCCCUGACCAUUGUCCAGGAGAAGGAGAACACAUUAACAUUGUAAUUCACAUAUGUACACCUUCGAUGAUUAAUGAUCAUUUUGGACCCCAGUGGUGAUUACAAUUCUCCCCCAUCAAACACAAAUUGUCCCCCCCCCCUUACUGGCUCAUUAUCAAGAUGAACCUCUGGAACACUCACUGCUGGUUGCCCUUCCUAUCCAUUCUCCCUUUUGCACUGAGUAUAGUUUUUUUGUUUUUAAUGUAUUAUCACUUUGACCUAUGACUGUUUAGCAUAAAGGUUAGAUUUCCCAGCUUCUCCUGCUACAUGUGAGUAAAUGCUGGGCAGUUUGUUAUAAACUCAAUCCCUAUAUGACUUCUGGGAUGCUUUUUAAAAGGUAAUCGCCUACCCUUCUUUUUUUCUUUACGUUUUCUGCUGGCUACAAUGUGCAUGAUGGAUGAAAUUUGAAGAGCAUCUCUGACUGUGUAAUAUGACAUGGAUGGCAGAGAAGAUAGUGUGAGCUUAGGCUUUUGACAGCAUCAUGGAACCGUCUAUUGUCCAAUAUUAGAGUUCUUUUCCAUAAGAAAUAAACUUUUAUACCUUCAAGCCCUUAUAUAUAUAUAUAUAUAUAUAUAUAUAUAUAUAUUUUUUUUUUUUUU